AGGACGCCAAGCUGCAAUCCCAUCAUUCGAAGCGAAGAGGAACAUCAUCAUCCUCAUCAUCCUCCUCUUCCUCCUCCUGCCCCCGUUACCAGCCCGCUGCUACGAGCCAGCCCGCCUCGGGAGAGACGACUGGACCUUUUCUUCCGCUGCAAUCAUCCGCCCUUAAAGAUAAUAACAACAAUAAAUAAGCGCCAUCAUGUCAGCCGGAGGAGAUUUGGGGAACCCCCUGCGGAAAUUUAAACUCGUCUUUUUGGGAGAGCAGAGCGUGGGAAAAACGUCUCUCAUCACCAGAUUCAUGUAUGACAGUUUUGACAACACAUACCAGGCUACCAUUGGGAUCGACUUCCUCUCCAAGACCAUGUACCUGGAGGACCGAACAGUGAGGCUGCAGCUGUGGGACACGGCCGGACAAGAACGCUUCCGGAGCCUCAUCCCGAGCUACAUACGAGACUCCACGGUGGCUGUGGUGGUCUACGACAUCACAAAUGUCAACUCGUUUCAGCAGACCUGCAAGUGGAUCGACGACGUCAGGACCGAGAGAGGAAGUGAUGUCAUCAUCAUGCUGGUGGGCAACAAGACGGACCUGGAGGAGAAGAGGCAAAUCACCAUCGAGGAGGGAGAGCAGAGAGCCAAAGAGCUGAACGUCAUGUUCAUUGAGACCAGCGCCAAGACGGGCUGCAAUGUCAAGCAGCUGUUUCGUCGCGUCGCAGCAGCUCUUCCCGGGAUGGAGAGCCUUGAUGAUGCCAAUCCUGAAGGCAUGAUCGACAUCAAGCUGGACAAACCGGCGGAGCCGAGCGUCCCCGAGGCCGGGUGCUCAUGUUAAUGCCGAGCUGUGAUUGGCCACAGCUCCCUUCACGCCAUUGGCUUGUUGUGUUGCUUAAACUACUUCCUGGUUAGCCUACAGUUGACUCUGACUCCAAUUGGAUGUACUCUAGGAUGUAUCAGAUCGGACACAUCAAACGUUCUCUCGCAAUCAGUUGUUCAGUUGUAAAAUAUUGUAUACUUUGUCAAUAUGUAAGUGACCGGAGGAAAAAAGAGAGAAAAUGAAAAGGAACACAAACCCUUUUUUGGUGGUGGGGGGGAGUAGAAAAUUAUUGCAAAGGGAAACUAAUUUCUUUUCGCUGUUAUGUUUUGUAUUUUUUAUAUAUAUAUAAACAGGGAAAGCGCCAAAAAUAAAACCUAAGCAUAAAAAGAGAGUUCUAGGGGAGGGGCUAGUCAGUGGAGUGUUGGUCGGCCACCCCCCCCCCUCCUAAAAUGGCGGAACACGUUUGAAUGUCUACAGCACGCAUGCACACUGAUCCGAUUUAUUUCUCUCUCUCUCUUUCUCUCUCUCUCUCUCUCUUUCUCUCUCUCUUUCUCUCUUUCUCUCUUUCUCUCUCUCUUUCUCUCUCUCUUUCUCUCUCUCUUUCUCUCUCUCUUUCUCUCUCUUUCUCUC